AUGGCCGCUUUCGAGGAAGAAAUUUCCGAUGGAAUAUGUAUUGAUUGUCACGCUCAUAUAUCGGCGAAAGAAUUCCAAAAGGUAAAACCCUCCUUCAGUGAAAGCAUUCUAGUCAAAGUUGAAAAUUUUAAUGAGAAGUUAAGACGUUUUCUGCUGCUUUUUAAAGGAUAUCGAUGCGGUGAUUCAAGCGGCCAAAGUGGUAAGUUUAUAUAUUUGUAAGCUUUUCAAAACCUCUUAAACUAACUGGACUUACGUUUAUUAUUAUUGUUUUUUGUCAAAAACUGCAAAAACUGAUGUUUUGAUUAAAAGAAUUGCCUCGACAUAACUAAGCAGUGAUUCCUGUGCUUUGUUCUAUGAGUGUGCUCGCUUCUGCUCCUAGCCUUCUGAAUGCGCUACUAAUUUGUGUUUGCACCCUUAACCCUUAUUUAACAUAGGAAAUUAGUGCUUCGUGAAGUUAAAUUCGCGUUAACUUUUGUAAACGUUAAUUUCCGCUUGAGUGGAGCGUUAUAAUUCACAGUCCUCGACCUUAUACUCCUGUAUACUUCUGAAUUUCUCGACACCAAAGGGACGGACCAUUAGAAACACUUGUGGGGGUAGGGGGAGGUCGGGUGAAGUACAAAAAAAUAUUUAUUGGCGCCAGGAAAAAUGAAAUGAAAAGAAAUCAUGCACGACAAGUAACCUUUAUUCAUGUACUGACGUGAAAAAAUUCAUACAAGGGAGAUGUUGAGGAAAAACAAAUCAUGCGGCUCACAGUAGGUCGCCUUUUCUCUCUCCUAAACCAUUGUUUUUCCGAUCAAAGGUGAUUGUAAAUUCCCUGAUGGUUCGAAAAAGAGCCUAGCAAACCCUGUUAGAGACAAAUUCGCGACUAAGUAAGAAAGCAUUCAAGUCCAUCCCAAUACUCAAGCCACAAAUAAGUGUACUCUGUGAAAAGAGGUUCCUUUCUGGAAUGGCUUUUAGCAUUUACGAGGUUGUUUGCAUCGCUUGUCAGACGUGUAGUUGGUUUGUUUACACCCUCGGUGCAUAAACAUACCAACUACUGUAUGCAAAACAAACAGAAUAGAGCUAUUUAUUUUAUUUUUUCAGGGUUAUUAGUCUAAAACUUUCUCUUAAUAAAUUGUGCAAAAAAGACCAAAUGGUAAGGUACGAACGGGACCAGAAGUCCCGUGGAGGGCAUCUCCCAAGUAGAGCAGAAAAAAUCACCCUUGAAAAGAGAAUCUUAAGCAAUGCUUAAGAAACUGAUGUUGCCAGUGGCAACCACAAUUACGCGUUAGACCCCAUAAACAAGGUCUAUCGAGGUCAAAAACAUUUGCUAGCUUAUCAUAUUACAGUGUUCCUUUUUCAACCUCGAUGAAAUGAGGACAGAUGAUACAUCCGUAGUUUGUGAGCACUGGUAUGUGCGGGUUAAAGCAUUUGUACCAUUCUUCUCUAGGCAAUUAAAAUUGGCUUGGUAAGGAUGUUUAACCUUGAAUUUGUAAAGGAAAAAGACAUUCACUGCAAAGCUGCAAAUUAGAAGAGACGAUGUAAUAUGAAGCAGAACACCUUAGAAGGUUUCGUAGACAACAUCACAAGCCAAACUCAGACCUUACAUGUGCACGCGUAGCUUUCGAUUCGGGGAGUUUCCUGAUUUAGGACGUAAGGCAAACGCAGGUUUGGUAGUGGCGAAAUCGGCAUCGAAGCAAUAAACUUUUUUAACAAAAACUAAAUGUUAAAAGCCAUGCCAGAAAGAAACCUCAGCUCGAGUAAAGCACAUGCCUGGUUUAGCCAGCGUUUCAAUGGUCAGCUGUGUUGAUGAACUGCUCGAUAGCGAGGCAAAAUGUUCUAAUUAUAUCUGUCGAGAUAUAAAAACCUCUGUUUGAGUGAAAUAUGCAACGUAAAUUUCCGAGAAGUCAUUGGAGCGUCGCUGAGCGUAGCUGAGCGUAAAUCCGUAACCCCUUCAAAAUUCCGAUGUGAAAUUAUUUUGGAAUUUCGAUGAUGACUAUAUUGAUAUUUCCCAAAUUACCGCUGCUCUAAAAACAUACAAAUAGAACUUGACUAACUUGAGUUGCUUCAUUCAACCUCAUUUAGGCCUAGGCCAAACUUUUCAGUUCAUGAAAUGUUUGACGUCUAGCUCAGUUAAUCUGAAUCGGUUUGGAUCGUCCAACACGUUCUAUCCGUCUUCUUCAGACGGAUACUGAGAACGUGUGAAGAUCCCCACCGGAACAAACGUCGAUAUUCACAUGCGACGGACUCAACUAAAAACAUUAAAAAUUUGUAUGAUAAUGUGUACUAGUUUAGCGCCUCGUUCGGGAAAAAGGUUGUUAAAACUGGUUUUUGUUCUGAUUCUGUUGAUUGGCUCGAUACGUCCUAGGUUCGACGUCUGACCCAACAGACGAUCUUAACUUAAUUUAGGUCGACCCAAAUUAGACUUUAGCUCGUCUCUUGAAAAGUUUAACGUUUGGCCUACGCCUAAAUCAAACUUUUGUUAAAGAACUUGUAACGUUAUGUUAAAUUAUGUAUAUUAACAAAAAUUGCGGAAAUAAUUAUGCAAGUCUCUUCAAGUUUUUGUAAAUUUAGUAAAUAUUAAUUGUUUUUGUUGUAGAGCGGUUUUCAUUUGAGUGUCGAAAAGUAAUUGGUUUUGCACUUUCUACACGAUGCGAUUGGCUUAAAAGAUUCGCGCCACCUUUUCAUCCAAUCAGAAGUAAAACCAAAGCCAAUUGUGACGCGCUCGCAUGCAUUUUCCCGCGCUUUGCGUCAGCCACAUGUAAUUACUUCGAGUUUUGAUUGGUUCAAUGUAUUGUCUGUGUCCUAUGUGAUUGGCCAGAGUAAUUACUUUGGUUUUGGUUUUACGACACUCAAACGAAAACCACUCUAAUAUUUUAGUGUGGCUGUUCCGCGCCCAGAAAAACAAAUGCCAUUUGCGGACCAGUCUCUCUGUGUCAUGUAUUUACAAAUGUUCUUUCAAAUAAAAUUGAAGUAAAAUGGUUAGUUGAAACUGAAUUGAAGUUGAAGUUCGACAACGAAUUGCACAGUGAGAUAGAAGUAGCCACCCGUUCGGAUUUCCGGGAGAAGUAAUUUUAGAGCCUGCUUAUUUAGAUCUGCUGAAUUGUAUAGCGCGAAAUUCGCAAACAACUUAAGCGGGAACUAGCUAUGCGUGACUCCUGUACAACUGAGAUCCCCCAGUUCGAACAAUUCUGCAUCCCUUAGAAAUGUUCAAAACAACCGUGUCACAUCAUUGUCUCUACUUUUUUGUCACUCCAGUUCAAAUUCAGUGUCCAUAUCAGUAUAUUAAUCAAGCUUCGUUGGUUAAUUCCUUUCUCAAAAUAUGAAUCUAUAUCUCUGGCUGCCCCUUGAAGUAAAGUGCGCACGAUAACUGUAUCCCCCCGUAUCCAUUUGCUUAUUUCCCUAUUUUCGAGAAAAGCUUGUAAAUCACCAGGCAUUAGCUACGGGUUUUACCCAGUUUAAUAAACCAUGGGUUUUUUGACCAGUCAUAACGCACGUAUGUACUAUCUUAAGUCACUUUUCACAUAAAGAGCAAUAGCUAAAUUGACAAUGAUUUAUUAAACUCAGCUCAGUUUUACAUGACAUAAAGGUUAAAUUUACAUAGGCAACUCAACACAGUACCACUGAGGAAUAAAAGAAAAAUUGUAACAACAGAAUAGAGAGCGAGUUGGGAUCAUCCAAAUAGCAAGGGCUAAUCUAGUGGAUGACCUCUGCAAUAAAAUACAAUUACAGAAAGAAUUAAGAAUAUAUUAUUUUGCUUAAAAAGUAUUUCUUCAUGCGCUAAAGCAUAUGAUUAAUUAGAAUAACAAAUGAGGAUAUAGUUCAUAUACGGAUUUAGGGAAAUUUGAAAUUAUAAUUUUUUGUUAAACUAAGUUUAUUGCUUCGUGGCAUAUUUCACCAAGCGUCACUCAUUCCACCAAAACUAUGUUGGGAUAACCUGCGAGUAUCUUGGACCCGCACUUCAUGUUUGCCUUUCGUCCUAGAUGAAUCUCCUCCAAUCGAAAGCUAAGCUUGCUUAGUAAGGACUGACUUUGGCUUAUCAUGUCUCGGAAAACUUGUAAGGUGGUUUUCUACGUAUAUAUACCGUCUCUUCUAAUUUGCUGCUUUGCAUUCAAUGUCUAUUUCCUUUACAAGUUCCAUGUUAAACAUCCUAACCAAGCCAAUUGCAAUUGCCUAGAUAAUAACGUUACAAAUGCUUUCACCGGUACAUACCAGUGCUUACAAACUAUGGAUGUAUCACCUCAUUUCAUCGAGGUUGAAAGGGGAACAUUGCUCUACUCUGCGUGGUUUGAUGAUCGAAGUACUGAAAACUAUAUCCAGAUUUUGUUAAUGACUUCACGCAGAAAACAACCGCCGUCUCUUCUAUGUCGUUACCAAAAGGAGAAGAAUUGUACUAUUUCCACAAGAGCUGUCACCCCGUAUCAUGAAAUCAACGGACGAUAUAGUAACAAACGUUAUGGCCUCUUCGUGGCGUCUUGCGUUCUCCCGAAAGAUUUGGCCAAGAUACCAAAUUUUGUGGACGUCUCGAUCAACUUGUUCCCUGAAGCAGCUAGUAAUUGUAUUGUUUUGCCUGUGGGUAACACAAGAAAGAAGAAAUCGGGCAAGAGAGAUUACGGAAUUUGCAUCGCGCCGUUAUUUGGAAAUAUUCGAGUCGACGAUUUAGUAGAGUUUUUAGAACUUUCCCAAUUAUUAGGGGCAUCAUAUUUUACAUUUUAUGACUUUGAAAUCGCUGACAAUGUGCGCAAAGUACUUAAAUAUUACGAAAGCAAAGGAUUAGUAGAAGUUCUUUCUUGGAAAUUACCCUCGUAUAUCACUGGCGAAGACGUUCAUUACUUUGGGCAAAUUUUUGCCAUGCAAGACUGCUUGUUCCGAUCAAUAAAUCAUCUCAACUUCGUGGCUUUCAAUGAUUUAGACGAGUUUAUUGUUCCGCUUCAGCACGAAAACAUGCCUUCUUUACUUCACAGUAUUCACAAAUUAAACUAUUGCGGGCAUUGUUUUCGAAGCGCAAAAUUUCCUCUUGUAGAAAGCGAGAAUGAACCUUCGUUGCGGCUUUCCACUCAAACCGUUUUUCAUCGUUUAUCAAAAGCUGAUAUGACACACACUAAAUGCGUUGACGAUCCACGAAGAGUUUUUGAACACGGAGUACAUUUGAUCAUGGAGCCACUAAAAGGCUACAAACCUAACGACGUGAGCUGGAACGAAGCGAGAGUUUUCCACUACAGAAACUGCCGAGCACCAUGUAACUUGGCCGCCGACAUGGAAGUAGACAUGACCAUGCAGAAAUAUGGCGAGCGAUUGAUAAAAAAUGUGAUUUUGGGCGUCGUUGAUUCUAAGGUUUUUCACUGAGUCUUCCUUUUGUAAUUUAGGGUAAGUUCACACUAAACCGAAUUACUUUUGUCCCGCCACGAAAAUCAUACCGAAAAGGACUUUUCUUCACACCCAAAAACGGUUGUGGCAGGAAUGGAAGUUGCAGCGCGCCGAUCUCUAAAGUGGAAAGUCACAGGUCAGAUAGGUGUUCAUACCAUACCAGAUACUGUGACAAAAGCUAGCCGGUACAAUGUGAACAUAGCCUUGAGAUUUUAGAUAAUGGUGAAUGUGUAGUUCCAGAAAAUAUCCACCCCCCCUCCCCCCCCACGGAGGGCACUUUUGCUUUAGGCCUUUAUAUUUGUGUGAAAAAUGCGAAAGAUGAUUUCUCCUGUUAGGGACGGACCAUUAGAAAACUUAAGGCGGGGGGCGGGCGAAGUAAAAAAAAAAAAUGUGCGCAAGGGAAAAUUAAAUGAAAAAAAUUCUUGCACGCCAAUGAAUCCUAAAAAAAUAUUCAUGCUAUAGCAUAAAAAAAUUCAUACAAGGAAUUUGAUGACGAAAAAAAUUCCUGCGGCUCGAAAAUUCCCCUCCCCCCCCAUAACUUUUGUAAUGGUCCGUCCCUUAAUACGGUGUCUAAUAAUCUCAAGGACGUUCUUAGUUAAUAAUUAACCAUAGAGGCGCUACCUUAUACCACUGACUACACGAAUAAUGUCAUCUGCAAAAGAACCAGUUACAUUCAAACUAUAAACACCACGUGAACCCUCAUUACUUCAUAUCAGUUAGAACAUGUUACAAGAAGACUUAGAACACGACUAAAUUGCGUUGAAUCAGGUGAAAUAAAGCAACAGCCAGAUAGCCGGAAGUUUAUUCAUGAGCCGAAGAAAACUAUCGCGUAAGCCGUGGAAAACGCAUUUAGCCGACCGUAGUUAAAAGAUGAUCAAUGCAAACAAUAAUACUUGUUUUGAAACACCGAUAUAUUACAGUAAAAUAACUGAUAGCUUGCUCAACAGAGAAGCUGUUAUUUAUAAAUAACUUACCAAUCUUACCAAGACCCCCUGAAAAAAAAAGCUCUGUAAGCGACCCCCCACCCCCUCGGAAAUUGCCUCUUUUUGGACCCUUCUCCCCUCGAAAUUCCGUUGCCCUCCGUGGGGUAGGAGAGGUGGGGGGAUAUGGAUAUUUUCUGGAACUACACAGUGGUGGAAAAUAAAUCGUGUUUGAUGCUAUCGCUGGUUUGCACGUGACAUCACGGCGACAAUAUUGGUUGUCAAGAAGAAAACCACCUCUCUCAUUUUCGUGUAAAUUCUUCGAGAAAGCUUCCUAUUGUCCUGACCACCAAUAUGACCGCCUUGUCACGCGGUUGCAAACUAUGAAUUCAAAAUCGUCCAAUUUUGUGAAUCCUGUUGCGGUUGAAUAAUAAUUUAGGCCUCGUCCACAGAGAGUGUUUUUUUUAAGACGCAGAGAGACUAGCCCCCGAGCUGAAUUAGCCACCCUGUUGAAAUAAAGUUUUCCUUUACUUUCCUUUAAUUUUUUUCCUCACUUACUUUCCGUCUACGCAUAUGCGAUAAAAAAAGACACCGAAAACAGAAGUGGCCACCCGUUCGAAUUUCCGGGACAAGUAAUUCUAAUGCCUGCUCAGCCGAGCGCCAAUCGCGCUAUUUUUAGAUCUGCUGAAUUUUAUAGCGCGAAAUUCGCAAACAACUUCAGCGGGAACUAGCUAUGCGUGACUGCUGUACAACUGAGAUCCCCCAGUUCAAACAAUUCUGCACCCCUGAGAAAUGUUUAAAACAACCGUGUCUGCUAUUAAUAUUAACCCUUCCAUUUGAAAAAUUUAUUUCUCAAAAUGGAAAUUACACAGGUCUAUCAAACAAGAGCUGGGCUUUCAGAAAAUUGAUUUUUCACACCUAAGGUGUGUUUUCCGAUUUAUAUCGCAGGCUCAAAAAUUGAAUAAUUCUGGCUUCGCCUCGAUAGCUAGGAAUAGAAAAAAAAUUGGAACUGACUUAUACUUAGAUUGUUCAUUUACUUUUAAAUUCCCGGCAGUUGCAAACAAUUUUUCCCGAGAUAUAGUGGUGGAAUUUUUUAUUAAUGCCCUGCGACUUGCCGACUUCUGGCUACCGCCGAAAAUUCCAAAAUAUUCCCUUUUUGCCGGGAAUUUGAUUCGUUUUCCUUAACAUUUUGUGAAUAAACCUGGCACGUUUCAGCGCGAUAUUUGAAAUCCUCAUGUUUUUACAUCGAACUGUUUUUCAGUGCGGUCUAACGCAGUCGCCCAAUCGCCCUUAAUUUUUGUCGCACCCACUAGGGGCCCAUCUUGAAUUCUUACGAGUAAACCGCUGUUCUGAAUGUUAAGCGAAAAUUUUCGUCUAAACUCGCUGUGACGUCAUCAAACUAUAAGGUCAAAAUAGCGAGGUUUUAUGAAUUCUUAUUUACACUAGGUUGAAGAAAAACAAAAAACAAAUCUUUGUUUAAAUUUCCAUUCCCGUUUCCCAUUUCCCACUCCCAUUUUGAAAAUACAACAAUUUUCACAGUGCGUGACACCAAAAUAGAAAUGCUGUCUCGUUGAAAAAGUCUCUCCUCUUGAUUUUCAGCAGUAUAACCAUCUCAAGUACUAGAAGAUAUGUUUAUGCGUACGUAUGCUAGUUUUCGAGUGAAAAGAAAGAGAAAAAGCGAACUCCAGAUGUUUUUGUUGAUUUCGGGCGGCAAAAUGGCGUCCCCCACACGGCUACAAAGGUGCGCGAAACGUUUCCGCAAAAAACUCAGAAACUGUGGGCCACAAAGACCGGAGACCUGGACAAAUUGUUUAUAUAUUAGUAUUUUAUAACAUUUCAUUUUCUUGGCUUCUUCCACGGGACGAUUUCCAAUUUAUUUGUUUGUUGCGUGACUGUUGAAGACUCAGCAACACGGUAAUUUGCAUAUGCGGCCUUACCUGUCAUGUCUCUAGAAGGCUUUUUUGAGCCAUAGAAAUGUUUACGAAAGAUCAAAACCAUCGUACUUUAUUUAGGGAAGCAGAAUGUAAGCGAAUUUUGCUACAAUUUGCCUUAGGUUACUUAAAACUCAUUAGCCUGCGAGGUCCCCAGCGGCGAGGAGCGUGGAGAAACGGUUGUUUUUUCUGUCAACAAGGGAAAGUAUCGCGUUGGAUUUAAUAUUUCCAAACAAAAUAGCGCUCUUAAGAUCUUUAGCCUUCAUUUUCUCGGCUUCUGUUUAACGAAAAUGCUAAAUUAUGAGUUUAUUUCAAAGAAGCGAUUAGAACUUAAUUAUAAUAUGUAAAUCUGUAUGAAGUGUGCAUGACCAAUCAGAACCGAGAACGCACGUGCUAUCUUAAGUCACUUUUCUCAUAAAAAACAAUAGCCACAUUCCAUAUGCGGAUUUAGGGAAAUUUUGAAAUUACAAAAUAAUUUUAGUUUUGUUUACUUAUUCCACCAAAACUAUGUUGGGAUAGCCUGCGAGUAUCUUGGACCCGCACUUGUUUGCCUUGCGUUCGAUUGCGUCCUACAUGAAUUUAGUCUGUUACAAAGCCGCUUUUAGUGUCGUCACGCAACGCUCCUCCCCCUAACGUUCCUCCCAAGCUGUAUGCGUAGCAGACGGUCGGCAUUAUAUUCUUCAGGUGGAAUGCUAAAAUCCAUGCCGUAAAGAAACCUCUUCUUGCAGGGAGGGAAUAUAAAGCUCGCUGUAAUUUACACCUAGCUACCCUGGUUCCAGAGCUUGUUAUUGAUUUUUCUCCGCAUGAGAAACUGAACGAGCACUUAUAUACCUGCCAACUUUUUCUGAGAUGUAGGCGUGAGAUUUUUAUCCUGGGAGUGCUGGGAUUUUUGAAAACGACACGAUCAUUUCCGAAGAUUCCCGAAGAAGUCCGAAGUCUUCCGAAGACGUCCGAAGUCUGCCGAAGGUGAAGUUAUCGAGAAAACGCUUAUCCACAAAAUCAGAGAUCGCGAGGGAGGUAUUGUCAUUUAUUCAUUUUACACAUGGUUUUCGUUCCUUACAUGGGUCUGAGUUAACAUAUUUUUGGAAAUUGUGUCAAGCAAGACGGCAACAACUCACAUUUUUCAAUCAGGCGUGAGAAAUUGGUCCGCAGGCGUGAGCGGGCGUGAGAUCGAAGUUUUCAACCCGCAGGCGUGAGACUCACGCCUAAGGCGUGAGAGUUGGCAGGUAUACACUUACCAGCGAGCUUCGCGAUUCGUUCUCGCCGCUUUUCUCGUUUCCAACAUCUUACUAACAUCUCAGUCAUUAUGUAUAAAACUGUAUUCCCCUGAUAUAUUUCCUGCACCCCCACAACUGUGAAAUGAACGCAGCCUUUCUCGAGCCUUUCUCUUUCUUUUAGCUCCCAGUACAGAAGUGUAGUACACCCUGUUGGUAUAGUAGCCUGCGUGGCAGGCUAAUUCCCUUCCCCUUCCCUUUCGAACGCCUGCCACGCAGGCUACUGGUAUAGUAGAAUUCCGACUUCACUAACGCUAGAGCCCUGGUGGUUCAGUGGCUAGAGCGUCCGAUCUUGUAUUCGGAUGUUCGGUUGUUCGUGCAUAUCAUCCGUACAUUUUCCGAGAAUCUUCGGUGACGACUUUUAAGUUAUUCAAAAUUCAAUCUCAGUCCCUCUCGAUCGAGGUGGUUUUGGUGGGUAGAAUAUGAUGCCGAGCAGACAGCAGAUGAAUCUCCUCGAAUCGAAACAGCUAAGCUUGCUUAGUAAGGACUGACUUUGGCUUAUGAUGUUGCCUCGGAAAACUUGUAAGGUGCUUGGCUACCUAUAUAUAUCGUCUCUUCUAAUUUGCGGCUUCGCAUUCAAUGUCUAUUUCCUUUACAAUUUCAAAGUUAAAGCUGAGGUUAAACAUCCUAACCAAGCGGUAAUGAACUACACUAACCAAGCCAAUUUUCAUUGCCCAGAGAAUAAUGUUACAAAUGCUUUUACCGGUACAUACCAGUGCUUACAAACUAUGGAUGUAUCACCUCGUUUCAUCGAGGUUAAAAAGGGAACAUUACUCUACUCUGCGUGGUUUGAUGAUCGAAGUGCUCAAAACUAUAUCCAGAUUUUGUUAAUGACUUCACGGAGAAAACAACCGCCGUCUCUUCUAUGUCGUUACCUAAAUGAGGAGAAUUGUACUACUUCCACAAGAGCUGUCACCCCGUAUCAUGAAAUCAACGGACGAUACAGUGACAAACGUUAUGGCCUCUUCGUGGCGUCUUGCGUUCUCCCGAAAGAUUUGGUGAGGAUACCAAAUUUUGUGGACGUCUCGAUCAACUUGUUCCCUGAAGCAGCUGAUAAUUGUAUUGUUUUGCCGGUGGGUAACACAAGAAAGAAGAAAUCGGGCAAGAGAGAUUACGGAAUUUGCAUCGCCCCGUUAUUUGGAAAUAUUCGAGUCGACGAUUUAGUCGAAUUUUUAGAACUUUCCCAAUUAUUAGGGGCAUCAUAUUUUACAUUUUAUGACUUUGAAAUCGCUGACAAUGUUCGCAAAGUACUUAAAUAUUACGAAAGCAAAGGAUUAGUAGAAGUUCUUUCUUGGAAAUUACCCUCGUACAUCACUGGCGAAGACGUUCAUUACUUUGGGCAAAUUUUUGCCAUGCAAGACUGCUUGUUCCGAUCAAUAAAUCAACUCAACUUUGUGGCUUUCAAUGAUUUAGACGAGUUUAUUGUUCCGCUUCAGCACGAAAACAUGCCUUCUUUACUUCACAGCAUUCACAAAUUAAACUAUUGCGGGCAUUGUUUUCAAAGCGCAAAAUUUCCUCUUGUAGAAAGCGAGAAUGAGGCUUCGUUUCGGCUUUCCACUCAAACUGUUCUUCAUCGUUUAUCUAAAGCUGAUAUGACACACACUAAAUGCGUUGACGAUCCACAAAGAGUUUUUGAACACGGAGUACAUCUGAUCAUGGAGCCACUAAAAGGCUACAAACCUAACGACGUGAGCUGGAACGAAGCGAGAGUUUUCCAUUACCAAAGAUGCCAAGCACCAUGUAACGCGGCCGCUGACAUGGAAGUAGAUACGACCAUGCAGAAAUAUGGCGAGCGAUUGAUAAAAAACUGUGAUUUCUAGCGUCGGUCACAUUAAGGUUACUUUUCACUAAGUCUUCCCCUCGUCAUCUUGGCUAAGUUCACACUAGGCUUAGAUAUAUUAUGCCGACAUUAUUUUGGGCAUAAUACUGUAGACCUGGUGGAGGGGGGGAGGGGGGGACUUCGUAUAUUAAGGGGUGUGAAUGGUCGUCGGAAAUUUUGAAUAAAAAAGUUCGUGGCCCAAGAUUUUUUUGACCCCUAAAAGAGGCCAUGUUAAAACACAGACAAUAUAUACAUUUUUAUAUUUUUUCGCGUCCAACCCUAAACGAGACCUUCACGGCUGAAUAUGAUGGCAUUUUGCCCAGGACACCCUAAGUGAGACCAAAAUCAGAAAUUUAUACCCCUAAGCGAGACAACGAGCAUCCCCAACCCUUUCAUAUGUGGAGUUCCCCCCAGGGGCUGUAGAUUGUUUUCACAGUCACGCAACCAAAAAAUAAAUUGGAAACUGUCCAGUGAAGAAGCCAAGAAAAUGAAAUGUUAUAAAAGACUAAUAUGUAAACAAUUAUUUGUCCAAGUCUUAGGUCUUUGUGGCCAACAGUUUGUGAGUUGUUUUAUAAAUGGUACAAAACCUCUGUAGUGGAGUCUGAGUCACAUGUCGGAUAGGUGUUCAUACUAUACCUGAUACUGUGCAAAAAGCUAUGGAGUAUAAUGUGAACAUAGCCUUGAGCUUUGAGAUAAUUGUGAAUAGUGGAAAAGUAAUCAUCUUUGAUGUUAUCGCUGGUGUGCAUGUGAUGUCAGGGUGACAAUAUUGGUAGUCAAGAAGAAAACCAUAAAUUUUAUCUCAUUUUCAUGUAAAUCCUUCGAGAAAGCCUAUAGAGUACUAAAGUAAUGACGUCAUAAAAAUUAAGUUUCUGAAAUUAUGGGAUUUGUCAGGAUAUUCUGAAAGAACAAUGUCCAAGAGGCCUACUUGCCAAAAAUGAGCAUUUCAAGGCAAAUUGACUCUGAGGUGUUAGCUGAUUAUACUCAGAAAACUCCAUACAAACCAUUCUAAUAUUUUUUGGGUCGACCCAAAAAAAUUUAGAAGGGUUUGUAUGGAAUUUUCUAAGCAUAACUGGGCUACGAUCUCGGAGACAAUUUGCCCCAAAAUUCUCAUUUUUGGCGAGUAGGCCUCUUGGACAUUGUUCUUUGAGAAUAUCCUGACAAAUCCCAUGAUUUCAGAAAUUUCAUUGUUAUGAUGUCACACUUUAGUACUCUGUUGUACUGACCACCAACAUGACCACUUUGUCACCUGGUUGCAAACUAAGAAUGAUAAUUGUCCAAUUUUUUUAACCCUGUUGCGGUGGAAUGAAUCAGAAUAUGAUAAAAUCUGUACUUUUAUCUUAUGCAUUUCUAAGUUAAGUCUAGCGUUGUAAUUUUUUAAUUUUUAUAAUUUCAUGUAUAAAUAAAAAAAAGUUGUUGACAGAAGUUAAAAAUGUUUAAAACUGUUUUUUUAUUAACGGUUACAUAUAGGCUUAAUUAAGGACAUGGAAAUUAAGAAUAUUAUUUCAGGUAAAUCGAAAGGUGUAAAGUCCUGAAACUACAGAAAGGGUGUACAAAAUUUAAAGAUUCAUGCUAUGUUUCUAGGCUGGUGUGAGGGUCAUUGUUGGUGUAACAGAAUUUAAGGCAGAGUUCAGUGGAAUGCUUGAUCUUCAUAAAAGGUUUGUAUGCAAGGAGUUUACAGUCAAACCAGUUCAAGCGUUCCCGUCGCUAACGAACUAAUCAAUUCAUUAACGGAAGAAUGAUUUCGUUCGUUGAUUCAAUAAUCCAUUCAUAAAAUGAACAAUCCAAUAUUCAUAUUUAGCCUCGCUUCCAUAAUCGAAUGUUGAUUCGAUUACCGUUUUUUGAAAACCUUUCCACAAGUAGACCUCAGAAUUUUGUUUUUUCUUCUUUUUUUUCUAAGGGUCGAGUGCGGGCGAGUUUUGAAGUUCAAACCCAAACAAACUGUUACAUGUACGCCAUUUUGCUGCCAGUAAUCAGUGCAACAGACCUGACCUCUUAGAAAACAGGAUGGUCAAACUAAGGUCAGUGUAUGUGCGGUGAUUGGUGGAUUUCGAUCCCCGGCCUUUGUCAGUUUCUUUGCGUUUGUGGUCUGUCUAUUCUAGCUGUUAUUUUGAUUAAAGGCAAUGAAAAACCCAAUCGUAUACGGCAGGAAAAGGGAAGCAAAUACAGGUAGAUUUUGUUCAUAAACCAAAUCAACAUUUAAUUAUCGAGUCGAGGUCCAAUUUGACUGUUGGAUUAUUCAUUUUAUGAAUGGAUUAUUGAAUUAACAAACGAAAUCAUUUUUUCAUUAAUGAAUUCAUUAGUUUGUUAGCGACGGGAACGCUUGACCUGGUUUGACUGUAAUAUAGCUGCACAUAUUCUAAAUCUAAAUGAUUAUUCAAAAAGUGGAUUAUCCAUCACUGUGGUGAAAAUGAAUUUUGCGCUGAAUGGAAAGCGCAGCCCUCAGGUACCAGAAUUAGGAUUAGCCAUUAUUAAAAAAAAGACAGCUCAACCUUUUGCGUUGUCCUUAAUGAAUUGUUGAUUGUAACUAGUCAGAAUUUUUGUAUCAAAUUUCAGGUACCCAGAUUUCAUUGCUCCAUGCCUAGGUGUUCAUCCAGUCCAAAGCCUGACCCCUGAUCGUAGUGCUACUCUACAAGUAUGUUGACAGUGGACUUGUUGGUACAGUGGAACCCUCCUUAUUUCCUCCUUGAGGCCCUGCCAGGGGAGGGGGGGUCCCAUGUCGCCCUGAAUUUUAAAACGUCUCCUGUCGGUGUUUAAUAUAUAGAUUUAGCCAGGGCUAAAAGCGAAGCUCCCGUUAAUAAAUUCAUAAUUUAAAUCAAACAAUAAACUUGUAAUGCACAGAUCAGGGCACAUUCAUGUGACUUUUGAGGCAGAGGCUAAGUGAUUUUAGCGAAAAAUAAUUUCACAGUCCAAGAGUGAAACAAAUUUUAUAUCGAGUUAAUGGUCUUCUUUGUACACCCAAAAAUAGCGAUCAUGUUCGAUCACAGUAGAUUAGGCUUAGAAAGUGUAUUGUAUUUGCAUUGGUCCUAUGUGAUAUACAGGGUAAUAAUUAUGGGCUUUUAGGGAAAACGAUAAAAAAAUUCCCAAAACCACCUUUUCGGCCAGCCGGACGGGUUCUCACUUUUGACAGACACCAAAUUUGCACCGCGAUUAAAAGAGUUACCAUUUACGCUUCAACAUGAUAGAGAAUUUGUUAUGGUUAGGUUUUAUUUCCCUUUAUUUAUAAAACUGUUUAUGGUUUUGUUAUGUGUAAUCUUUAACUGUUUAAAAGCGAGUGAUAAUUUACGCGCGGCGUUUUGAGUAUUCCUGCAUGCGAUGUUUAUGUUCGACUGGAAACAACCGGUGCAGCGAUAAAAAUUGCGAGAGGGACUACUAACAAUCAAUAAAAUAAAUGUAAUUCGGUGAAACAUGUACAGAGACAAUAAUUUUCAUUCACGAAGACAAGUAUUGAGAGUAAAGUGUCUCUGAAAAUCAUGAGUCAAGUAAGCAUAAGCUUAUUUAUGUUUUAAGCCGGCUUCCCGGUGUUUGCUCUUUUUCAAGAUGAACUCGAGGCAAGAAAAUCGCUCAGAGCUUUCUGUUCACAGCCAAAAUCAUAAUUGAAUAUUCUUCGAAACCUUUUCUUUGAAUUUGCGGUCAAAAAGCGUCUAAAGGCUUUUUAAACUUGAUACUAUUGUAGGCCUAGAUCAUUGCUCGUGUAUAAACUUACGAUAAACUUAAGCCGCAUAAACCAUACGCUCGACUUCAGGAAACCGAAAAAAAAAAACAUCAAAGACAGUAAGUGCUCAGGCUUACCAGUCGAGAUGCUGCUUCUGAAGGUCAUCAAGUGUUCCAGAAUCGCUUGAGACUUUUCAACCCUCUUACGCCUCAAGCAAGGGCAAGUGAGUAAGCUCAGUUUUGAAAACGAUGCCAUCCGAAAAGGGGUGCAUUUGUCAACAAAAAGCGCAAUAAACAAACCAGCCAUGAAUUACAGAACAAUCUUGAUAGCAGCUGUAUUUCAUUUUGUACAUCAAGUGGAAAAAGGCAGUUUAAAACAUCACAAGAUGAAACAAAACUCUGUCAGCUUCAGCUAUCAGUAAGCAAUUUUCCAGACGCUGCAUAAAUUUUCCGCAUGAACUCACCUGUCAAUCUUUGACCAAUCAGAACAUAAAAAUUGGACGUAGAGCGUGAUCAACGCGUGACAGUGAGAAAAGUCAAAAGUGAUUGCCUUCCCUGCAUGUAUUAAAAAGCCGGUUGAAUUUUCGCGUCCGAGGUCAGUUCGAAAUCAAAAUUUUACAAUGUCACGCAACGAGGAGCGUUGCGUGACGACACUAAAAACGGCUGUGUAGCAGACUACUCAUAAACACGACUUAUUUCAUAUGCAUUUCAAAAAAAUUGAACUUGAGCCUGUGAUCAUUUGAAAAGUAGCAACUUGUCAGCAGAUAACUUCAAAAAACACUUGAACUCGGUGGGUCGAUACCUGAGCCGGCGAAACGGUCAGGCAAUACUGGUCAGCAGAAACACUAUUUUGACAGCUGUCAAUUAAUCAAAACAUGGAUGUACAAUAUCAGGUUGCAGGCUCCCAAACUAGCUAGAAAGUGUGGGAUUAAACAUUGGCAUGCCUGUGGUGCGGACGCACGGAAGGUCGGGUGGUCGGUGUACGGUCACGUGAUUGCCGAAUUUUCUAGGAUGGAUAGAUUUUCCAAGCUAUGGGGCUUCGAAUUGAGCCCGUGAUCAAAUAAAAUGUAAGCGGAAAACUUUAAAAACUACGUGACCUCAGUGGAUAGAAAAGUGAGCCCGCGAUACAGUCAGGUGACGAUGGUCAACGUAUACUCUAGUUUGACAGCUGUUAAUUAACCUUCAUUGGCAGGGCAGAAAAACCGCUGAUUGGUUAAAAAAAAUUCCACUGAGAGCAUGCGCUUGCGCCUUCCGCUGACCAUAUGCAGAUGCAGUUGGUUCAAAAGAAUGAGCGAUCCGAAGGAGCUACAAUCGAGCGAUCAUGAAUGUGAGAUAUUUGGCCGAAAUUUGAAGAGCACUGUGUUGAAAUACAUCACUGAAAGGUCUUGUAUAUAAUGGUAUCAUUUUGUUUUGCUUCGCUUUGGAGGUAAUCUUUGUGAUUGUAUUACGUUAAACGGACGGAGUCGUGCCAAGCAAACCAUGUGCUUUUUUUUCGAUCAACUUUCUUCUACGCGAUUGUUUGGUUUUCCUGCAACAAGUCUCGGUGAUCCGAUAGUUACACAACUGAGUUUAAAGGUAAGACAUUUUUCGUCUUUGACAUAGUGAACGUUUUCAGAGUUAAUGAGUUAACCGAAAUUUGCAUUGAAUGCUAUUUAUCCUCCACGAGAUUGCGGCGGUGCAGCGUGCGCUGCGUGCAGGCGUAUAAUGCGGCACCUAACAGUUGGCGAAGCCAUUGCUAAAAGUAACCAAACUUUCAAACAAAAUAGCACUUCAUAGCACCCUGAGUUACAAGUUUAAUGGGCUUUUGAUUCUAGGUUAUAUAUAUCCACACUGUUCAAUGAAUUCCUUGGUGUGAAUUGUUUACAUUGUUCCGCUAGAAGCGAAAUUAUUUUUUUGUACGCGUUGUCCAAUUUGUAAUUUCUUUAGAUCAAUUUAUACCAACUGAUUUAUACAGUUAAUAACUUUGUUUUUGGACUGAUUUAGAUUUGGAAUGAUUUUACUGUACAAAAUUAGGUUGUUUUAAGAAAGGUGAAAUUUUAAGGAUGAAUUUUUAAGCUUACAUGUAUCCAGAAUUAGCAGAGUUAUACACAAUCCUUGCCCAUAUACAAUGUGGUAUUUUGAAGUGAAAAUCUUAUUAUAUUUACAUGUUCAAAAUAACAUCGAAUAUUUUGAAGACACUAUCUUACUCCUGUACAUCACAUUGUCUCUUAUUAGUAUUCUCGACAGGACUAUCACUAUAUUUUUCUCACUGGCAUAGUACUUGGGCUGAGUUAAUCUUUUAUAAUGCAAAGAUCUCAUAUAAUAUUGUAUGGACCAAAUUCCAAAUGCAAGCACAAGAUCACUUAUUUGUUAUCUAGCUAGUUGCAUUGUUUUGAGAUACCUAUAGCAAGACAAAGGCAACAACAAAGGCAUUGUUUAAGGUUUCUCUCCUGUGUUAUCAUGCCUAUUCCUAUUCAAGGUAUUUUACAUGAAACAAAGGGCUUGUAUUAUUUGUUUGGAUUUGCUUCUAAAAAAGGAAAUGAUUAUUGUUUUGUUAUUCUCAUUUCAGGGAAACACUUAACUAUUUACCCCUUUGUGGGUGUUCUGAUGCUGAGUCAAGCCCCCUUUGCUCUUACAGACCCUGCCACAUGUGACACACACCAUACUAGUAUUAACAAUUACUGCUUCUCCAGUAGAGUCGGUGGAGUUUACAUUCUUGGAAGUUUUGUUGCUGUACUUAAAUAAAGCACUUUGUGGAAGAUGCAAAAGGGAUUGUUUUGCUUUAAUGAGUAUCUUAUUUGCUAGUGUAUCAGGUUUGCUAUCAUCAUCAUCACUGUCAUCAUCAUCUGAGUUGUCACUUCCAUCAUCAUCGUCGUCGUCAUCAUGAUUAUCACUGCUUCCAUCAGUUUCAUCAUUUCCUGCCAGUAAACCUUUGUUGAAACUGUCUGCAAGUUCUUGGAUUCUUAAAGGAAGUUGCUCAGAGCAAAUGGGGCACUUGACACCAUACAGUAUUGAGUAGUUAUGAUCGUUACAGUUUGAGGAACUACCAAGACAACUUUUGUGAAAUGUGUGGCCACAGUUGAAGCGCUGAACUGCAAGUAGGAGAUUGUCAUUUGCUCUGCAAUCUGCUGCAUCACAAGCCAACAGUGCGUCUGGUUCUUGACCCUUCCAGGCAUACCCUAAGGGAAGCUUCUUUGGUCCACAGUUGCAUCAAGAGAGGGUAGAUAAUAAGGCUGCAUUGGAAAAAGAUAAAGGUUUUUUUUGGUAUAUCUUGUAUAGGAAAUGCUUUGUUUUGUUAUGGAAUGGGUUGUUACAGCCAUAUUGGAUUCUACCUGAUAUUUCCUAUGUCCUCUGGGUAUUUUUGCAGAGUUUCCAAGGUUUUGCCUCACAGAGAUGAACAAGUCAAGAAGAAACUCAGCUGCUUUGUUUAACAGGUCCCUUAGGUUCCGGACACCCUUGCCUCUUGGAUUAUUGGUAAGGAACCAGGUACAAAAAUCUUCUGCACAUCUGUUUGCACUUAUGGCCUUUGCAGCUGCCUGAACUUGGCUGGCUGUGGCAUUUGGAGGAAAUGAUCUGACAAUUCAAGGAAAAUGAAAUGUCUUAGUGACUUAGCUGAAAUUAAUGUAACACUUUUGGCUUAUCUGAAUUUUUCAAAAGUUUAUUUUCCUUGACAUUCCAGGGUGCAAAGAAAGUCAGUUUUACAGCUGCCUGCCAUUUGGGCAAGCUGCAGCUAACAUGUACUAGUCCACAAAUCAUUUCAACUAGCCGUAAAACGCUUUUUGAUUAGCAGGAUUGAUUCCAAUCUUUCCGUAAUUUGAAUUUGCCUAGAAAACAGCACUUGCCUGUUGGGCAAGUUGAGAACAAGAAUCACUAGCCCAAUAGCAAAAUCCACUAGCCGUGAGCUAUCGGACACAACUGUCUUUGCAUGCUGACAUUGUCUGUCAUUGACAGUCAUAUCAAGCAAGGGUUGUGGCCUCGACUAAUUUCAUUUAAAACAACAGCACACAGAUGAAAAAUAGUUUUAUUCAAACCACGUUUAGGAACUUUGCAUUCCUUACCUUUAAAAAUAAUGAUGAAUCAUAACUUUGUUGAAGUAGUGGUCUGCUUGUUUUAAGAGGAAUUGAUUGGUUUACCACUAAAUUUUUCAGGUAAAAAAAAUAUGUGGCAUUGUUAAAAAACAUGUUGCCCCUGGGGCAAUAUUGCACAUUAUUAGGAUCUGUCUGUUAUACUGGGUAAUGUUUGACAAACCGUUUAUGCACUUGAAUUUCCUAGGUACAUUUAUGUUACCUUCGAAGAAGUGAAUGGAAAACUUCCACUUUCUUUUCUGUUAGCUCAUUGAGCCAUUGCUCCAGUAGCUCCUGGAAGGUGGGAAUGGCCUCUUGCUGGUGUACAAGGUCGCUCAACUGACACAGGGUGGCCUUGUCAUAGUGACGCCGCCUUUGGAUGAUAAACAUGAGGGCUAACCGUAUCAUGGCAUCAACCCACUUCCUUUGGUCACCACCUCGAAAGAUAACUGAAUAAAAGUAAAACACAAGUGGAACCAAUUCAUCCAGGAGAAACACAAGAAGGACAUAUUCUGGGUCUUUACAUUGUCCAAAUGCAGGUAGAACAGCGGUUUUUACAGUCAGCCAUCCACCAAAUGCUGUAGUGAUGAGAGUCGAAAUUCUGUGUGGUUUAGGCUUGGAAGGCAACACUUUUCUUUGACCAAACAAGUGUUUGUACAGCUUUUCAAAAAAACAGCGGAAAUUUGCCACAACAUCUUCGUGUGAGUUCAGACAGAUAUGGAAGGGCCCCUGCCAUGGCACCACUGACAAUACUCUGUCUGGGUCAACAUCGGGUUUCCACUGUAGAGUAAGCAACUUUUUUUUAGCUAAUGUUCAUAAUCAAACUUUGAAAGUAUAAAAUAAUUAUUCUUACUUUAAAAUUUUAUGUACUAUUAAUUACUAUUAAGUAAUUAAGAAUAACAGACAUGUAAAUGUUUUCUGUUUAACUAGAGUGGACUCUCUCAGUGUGUAUUUGUUUACGUACCUGUAGUUUCUUUUUGUUGCUCCUGAAAUGCAGUUCUCUUAGUGGGACUGCCCAAGUUUUGAAUAAUAUUUACCCUUGAGUAUGUGUUGUGGCUCAUUUUUAUCUUUGGUUGAAACUUUUUUUUCCUUUGUAAUGUGUUACAGUCAAGUCAAGCAUAACCCCCAAGAUUACAUUAAUGAAUUCAUUAUUUGAAAGUUGAAUCCGUUGGUAGUUGUAGAUUUCAGAUUCAUCUCUGCAUUCUUGCAUGCGUAAUGAGCCGUGAAGUCACACGCAAAGCAGUUACGAAAUUUCUACCAGCUCAGUUUCCCUGAAUUUUAUGUAAAUGUCUUCUAUGAAAUUUAACCUGUUCAAAGAUUUUCAAUCUGACCAAGUACAGAGAAGUUGUUGUAAAAUAUUCACUGCCCAUUACGCAUGAAAUAUUUCACUUCAGAAAUAUACUGUGAAUAUUAUAUUAAAUAUAUAUUGAUUCAGAGGUAGCACAUCCACAAAGUGGUCCUUGUGUACCUAAUUCUCAGUCGAAUUGUAAUUUGGCAGCGUUAGUUUUUGAGGAGAGGGGAAAACCGGAGUGCACAGCGAAAAAAAAAACCCUCGGAGCAAAGGAGAGAACCAACAACAAACUCAACCCACAUAUGGCGUCGAUGCUGGGAUUUGAACCCAGGCCACAUUGGUGGGAGGCGAGUGCUCUCACCAUUGUGCCAUCCCUUGCUCAUUAUUGUUCCUUAUGCUAAAAGUGUUUUAAAAAUGUUAAGCCAAACCUGGCAUAUAAUCUUCUUGUUGUAGUACCAUGUUGGCCAAUCACCAGCUAAGAGCAGUAGGUUCUUUUCCAUGUAUUUGCUUAGUGAUGGGCAAACUUCAUUGAGGUGCUGCAUUGCUUGUCUAUAAUUUGCCAUGCUCUUAAGGGACUGUUCAAAUUCAUCAACUAGCCAAGUGUUGGACAGCAAAUCCAAGUCAUGUCUGGCCUCAUCUGUAUACACUCUACAAGGUAUUUGUUAUUGUUUGUAUCAUGAAACAUUGUACAUGCUCUUUUUUGGCACCCUUAUGCAACAUUUGUUGAAAGUCAAUUAUCCAUUCAAUCUUAAAUUUUCCCUUUCAAAUUCCUACAUUGUGAGACAAUGCAAAGUGGUAUGUGGAAAAAAUUUAUGAUGGGCUGUAUGUAAAACUAGUUAUUGACAUUUGGAGUUGACAAUUUCAUUUUUGAGGAGGAAUUUAUAAUAAAGAUAUUUAUGGUGCCAGUUAAUUGUAAAAUUUCUGUGGCAUUGAUUUAUGCCAAAGUGUUAAAUGGCAUGAAAAGUUUGGAUGAAAUACAUUACUAAAAUCUAUUACUUAAAAGUGUUAUAUUAUUCUUUUUGUACCAGCUUGUGGCACCCAAUAACUAUUAGACCACUACCUUGACUUUUAGGUUUCUGAUUUGUUGUAAAUCAUACCUUAAUUCAACUAAACUUUUGUUUACAUUUGUCAGGUCAAACUGGCUGAAAUCAGCAGGUAGAGAGUCUAAAUAACUGAAUGUAAAAUAAUUUGACAAAUGCUCUUGAAACAACUCGUUCACUUUGUUGGCAUCAAUUCCUCCCCGGCAGUUAACAAUUGCACCCCCAGCAAUUCGGACAGGUACAACCCGGUGGACAUUUCUUGUUGUUGGCAUUGCCGGUAUAGAUUCUUGGUGAUCCACUACUCCAGUACACAUGUGAAGGCACUUGCUCAGCUGGCUCUGUUUGGGGUCUUUUAUAGACUGGACACAAUGAAAAUCAUCUAUAAUGAGCAGGAGGAAGUUGUUGUUCUGUUGGGGAGGAAAUUUUUAACUGGAUCAGUGUACAUCUAUGGACUGAUAAAUUAAAGUCAUUUUACUUAAACCGUGAAACAAGUAGAAGAAUACUACGCACUAUUAUGUAUUAAUUCCAUUGUCUUCUUUUGUUUACCUCUCGCUAUUUUGCACUGUUUGUUAAUAUCUGUUUCACGGUUCAAAUAAAAUCACUCUAUUUUUGUUGUUUUUGUCUCCUUGUUACAAGGUCCUUGUGCCUUCUAUUUAGCCCCUUCUUCUUUACAUCCAGCCACCUUACCUUUUGUCAACUUAUUGUUUUGGCCAGGGUGUUGUGCGGUGGCAGAUGUUUAAUAAUGAAUUGUUUCAGUAUGUAAAUACAUGUACCUUUAUGGCACUCUCAACGAUCGCUUGUGUCUUGUGAAUGCUUUUUCCAGACAAUCCUUUUUUAUGAUUUAGCACACUUCUCGGGUGAGUGCUAAAUCCUAGAAGUGAGCCAGCUGUCAAAGCAUCAUCACUGGCACCAUGAAAGGACAAGUGCAACCCACAGUCUUGUUGUAAGGGAUUGUUUUUCUGUUGAAAACAAACAAGCAACACUUGUGUCUAUUACACACCAUGGUGUUUAAUUUAAUUUAAGUGUCUUUCUAAAGUAUGGUUCCUGUUAUUAUUAUUAUUACUAUUAUUAUUAUUAUCAUUAUCAUUACCAUUAUCAUUAUUAGUAUUAUUAUUUAUUUUAUUUUUUAUUAUUAUUAUACACACUUGGUUUCUAAAGUAAGACAGCUGAUGAAGCAGUGCCACAACUCGCAGUCUCAGUAUUUCAUGUCUUUUCUUAGAAAGCUGUUGUUUUUCAUCAUUCUUGACUAGACACAAGGCACGGUCGAACAAUCCAGGGGUGCACUUGUUGGCAAAUUUUUCCAUGUCUGCAGGUUCGUAUAGCCGCUGCCCUCCAUCCUUGUAAUGUUUAGUGAGACACUUGUGGAACGUUUUGAACUGCUCAUCAAAAGUUGGCUCUGAAAAUUAAUUAAAAAAUGUUUCUAAUAAAGGUUGAAACUAGUCGUCUUUGUUUUGAAUGUGUGGAAAUUAAGAGUACGUCAAUACAAUACCUUCUAGCUUGUUGCAUCUUUCUUUUAAUGCUGCAUUUUCGCGCUGUAAUUUGGUGAUUAAUUGUUUUGCCUCUGCUAGCUCAUUAACACUCUGCAAAGGGGCGGUCUGAGAGGUUCCAUCCGUCCAAGUUAUUUUCUUUUCUGGGGUAGUACAUAGGACUGAAGUAGUACAUUUUGUCUACAAAUGUAUAGGGCAAAAUUUAAUGCAAAAUAUGAAUAUUUUCUAAAACAAAACUAAGAAUGUAUGAUCUGUUUCUCUACAUUUUGACUGUUGUUUGAGUGUAAAAGAAACAUACCUUUCUCGUAGUAGGGGGGUUUGUAGAGAGCGUGGUUGGUAAAUAUGGGAGCUUCGUCCACGAGAUUUAGGUGGCCUUGGCAAAGAAAUGCACCUCCUUGGUAGUUUUCAAGGUUUGCUGCUACGGUGAGAAUCCUCUGCGGACAUGGCAGUAAAUUGUUCCUUUGCGUGCAAGCAUUUUCACUCGGAAAACAGCACCUCCUUUGACUUUCCACUUGCAAUUUUUUUGCAUGACCAAAACAUAGCCAAACCGGCCUAGAGUAGCCACGUAAAACAGCCUCUUUUCCCGAAUAGUAAUUAGUGGCACCCCAACACUUUUCUGACACGCUUCUUAAUCUGGAGCCACGUUCACAAACAUUUCCCAUUAUUUAAUCAACUUUGGACUGAAGUUUCCGCCGGAAACGCACGCAAAAAAAGACCGGAACUUGACAGUGAAGCGGUCGGUAACUAUUUUUUGACAUUUUUGAAGCUUUUGAAGCGGGAAAAAGCGAGCGGCGUCUCCAGUUUCAUUCAUAAUUUCCCGCGUAAAGCAUGAGGCCGGGAAGCUGGCGCCUACCAGUCAGUAAGUGGACACAAGCCGUAGGCGAAGAGUUUGAUGUUUACAAAUCUUUUCCUUUUUUUACUUGUCCAAGGAAAUAUAUUUUAGCGCUGCUAUCUACCUUCUAAGUGCAAGAGGAUCGAUCCUCUUAGAGGUAAGAUUGGCUGUACAUUUGUGGAAGCUUCUCACCGGCGAUUACGUUCGAGUGUUUUCACCGCGAGGGGGAUGCAAAAACAAAAAACAGCAAGCCACAGAAAAACGUACUGUUCGAUUUUUUUACGUAUUUCUUAUUUUGCUUCUUGGCUUUUAGCCUUUUGGUUGGUCGAAUUUUGAACCUUAAAUACUCCACCUGUUUCUUAUUUUUGCAAAUUGUUUAAGAGCUAUUGGUCGUAUAAUGUCUCUAUGAACUACACACUGUCCCGCGCAUUUUCAGCAAGCACCCUAAAGUGUAUUCCUAAUCUGAUUUCGCUACAACUCUUGACAUCGCCUGUCAAUGAGUUCUAGUUUGGGGAUAUCAGAUCAUAAUCACCGAACUAGUCAUGGUUAACUAUGUAUUUGGCUUCAAACUUUGCUCUUUUUUGUAGACUACUUGAUUCGUUGUAAGAUGGUCAGCGGAGACCACAAACUGCCGCGAAAACGGCAACCAAUCAGCGGUUUUUCUGCCCUGCCACCUUCAUUACAAUGGCGAAUAUUCGAAUUAACAGUUUGAGUAAGACAUAUCCGUCCGGGUUGUAGUGGAAAAUGCCAGAUCGUGUACCUGAGCGAACCUGAGCCCACACGUUAUUAGUUUUCUGAUAGUGGUCUGCACAUAUUCCAUUUUGACAGCUGUCAAUUGACUUUAACUUGGCUUGCCAAUAUAAAUUUAAACGACUGUCAGCCUACUGACAGCCCUGCCCGGGGUAGUUUCGUUUUUAUGUUGAAUUGGUAAGUGUGACAUAUUAUAUCAGCUUAUAUGUAGGGGCAAAACGACUGGUCUUUCAUCUGAGCCUGCGAGAUGGUCAUGUGAUUAUUGUCAGCGGAUGUCUGAUUUUGACAGCUGUCAAUCUACUCGUACUCAUACGGAUGGCUUACAAAACUGAAAGGCUAGUCAAGUUGUGCAAGAUCUAUUGUGACAUUUGACAUCGGCUUACAUGAAGGGUGUGUACGGGUGGGCGUACUCUACGUCAUAACCAAAUUUUCUUGGAUGGAUAGUUUACCAAAUUUUGUUACUCAUGGUGCUCCGCUGCGCGCGCUUCGCGCGCGGGAGCUCCGCUAUAAAUGCUUGUCCCGUAUUGUCGGCUUUGCCGUCACUGUCACAAUUUGGCCAAGGGAGGUUGUCUCUUGUCGCGAUUUCAUUUUUCAUUUUUUGUCGCUACUUUUUCGGCCAUGUUGCUUGUCAGAAUUUACCCUGGCAGGGCCUCCUCCUUGGCCACUUUUUUGGCCCAGCAAAAUGGCCAUACAUUUUCUUAUCAAAAAACCCCUGAUCAUUAAUACGGUCACCUAUCAAUACGGCCAACAGCCACAUUUCAAAAUCCCAAACAGUAGAAUCUUUAGCAAUUACACCCCUCUAAUAAGGCCACUUGUGCAAAAUUUCAAAAAUUAAUAUGACUGUGAUGUGUCAUUGACUUAGUAAGCUGAGCUUGUUUUUGUACUGUUGUUAGACUAUACUCACUUACAAUGCAUUUGUGGCGGUCUAAAAGCGGAUUUUUAAAAGUGUUUUAUUUCCUGAAGGAGAGGUGAUGAAUGGUCCAUUAAAAUUUUUAACUGCUCGCAAAAUUUUACCUUCGCUCAAUUUGCUCGCAAAAUUGAAACGAGUGCUCGCUUGCUCGUGCUCCCGAAAUUUUUGCCAUUGCUCGCAAGCUCGCAAAGCAAGUUUUUUAUUUCUGCUCGUGCUCACGAAAAAAUCGCAGUGCUCGGCAUGCUCGCAAAGACCAUUCGUCACCCCUUGAAGGUCAGAGCUAGUUUCAAGAAGUAACAGAAACAAUGGUGUAGAGGAGCUUAAUUCCUUGGGAAGUCUUGUGAACAUAUACAAACAUAUUUUAUAAAUAAUACAUAGAGGAUAUUACACGGUGGCGCGAAGAUAUGAAUUUUAUUUUCAAGUGGCAAAACAAUAUUUUACGAACGAGUGCAGCGAGUGAGUAAAAUAUUGUUUUUGCCACUAUAUAUUAUAUAGACAAAAAGACAUCGAUAAAAUAAUAGAGGGAAAUGACCGAAAUUACGUCAUCGAUAAACUCACGUGUGAGAUUAUGGAAAAUAAACUACUCGGGUCCCGGAUGUGGUUGUAUGAACUUUUCGAGUGGUAUAUUUUCCUGUAAAACACUCGUGUCUAUAUAAUAAAAUGUAUUUUCCACAUCAAUUUUUGUACAAAAACGUUCUAUAUUUUAUUAUACAUAUAAGAUGAACAGAUUUGUUCCUCUUUCAGGAUUCAGUUUCAAGAGAAUUUUUCAAGAAUUUUCUCAAAUUUAACAAGCUGGAAAGAUAUCUGGAUGAAGUUUAAUCAUAAUAAUAAUAAUAAUAAUUUAUGAACUUAUUGUGCACAGCUUAACAUGAAAAUGAUCAGCUGCGCAUUACAACUGCAUUACUUUAAAAGAAACAAAUAAAAGAUAAUGCAUUAAAAAAUAAAAAAUAAAAAGAAUAUAAGAACUGAAUAUAAAAUUGCUCACAAAAUAUAUAUAUAAAUUUACCUUAUCUCGGAAAUUUCUCAGUAUUGUAGCUGUCAAUAUUAGUUUUACAAGAAAAUUAUUUAUAGACCUCUGGUCCCCACUAAUUUUCUUGUAAAACUAAUAUUGCUUCUGUUAAACUAAAAUGAUAGGAUCUUGAAGGUGUUGAAGAGUUCAUCAGAAAGAAUCAUGAGGAGCUGGUUGCUAUUGGAGAGGUAAGAAUAGUUGAAGAUUGAGUUUAAAGGACUGUAAAGAAAUAUUUUCUUACUUAGAGCAAAGAUAUUUUUUAAGCUAGAUUUUAAAGCACUUGAUCUCAAGGCUUGACUAUUUUAUCCCUUUAAGUCCCAUUAUAUCCACAUAAAAAUUCUCCAAACUGAUCAUUAUAUAUUUCCUUAAAGAAUGAGUUGAGAGAAUUUGAUAAAAGAUCAAAGCAAAGCAGUAGGUGUUCAUUUUUUUAAUUCUCAUAACCAAAUGUCUUAACAAUGUAUGGAUAUUGUUAAGAGAAAAUUGGUCUUGGUCACUAUUGGGACUUAAAGGGUUAAUGUGCUGUAUAUAGGUCACCUGAUUUGGCUAGGAGGCAGGGUGGCUGAGUGGUAAGAGCGCCGGACUUGCAAUUCGGAGGCCCUGAGUUCAAGUCUUGCUCUGACUGCUAGCUGGAUUUGUUCAUGGUAGUCCCGAGUUCAAACCUCAACCAUGAUUGUAAAUAGCCAGCUGGGAUUCGUAAACCCUGUUAUGUUCAAUUUUAAUUAUUUCUUUUAGGCAUUUGUUCGGCCCCCUAGCAUUAUUGCUCAGCUGAGGGUAAAUAAUGAAAUUAUUAUUAUUAUUAUUAUUAUUAUUAUUAGGAUAUCAUCAUGUGACUGAAAGUAGAGUCCAACAUUUGACCAUUGAAGAUGCUGAUAUCUUGGUUAAUACUAGAUUUUGAUUUUGUUUCCGGGGAUAAGGAAAAGUCCCUUUUUUCCUACAAGAAAAUGUAACUUGUAUUUGACCUCACCUAUUACAGGAUUUUAAGCUAUUAUGACAGCCACACUCAUGCCAUUUGGUGCUUAUUAAAGAAGCUCUGCAAGCAGUAGCUGAGCAUCAUUGAACAUCAUGAUUUAUGAUUUAUUUUGGCUGUUUUGAAUAAUUCUUUCUCUAUCACAAGGUUGGCUUAGAUUUUACUCCAAGAUUUAUUCAGAAGGAAGAAGAUAAGGAAAUUCAAAGGGAGGUCUUCAGCAAGCAGGUGUGCAAUUGCUUUUUAAUAGGCUGUUUGUUGGCUGUAAAUAAUUUGUUAGGUUCUUUUACAACUCCUGACUAUUAUGUUUAGCUUCCAUAUUAAUUUGACUAUGAGUAUCACAUGCAAAAUCUGUUCAUUCAUAUUUUUUGUUUAAUUUAAUUUUAUUUAAUUUUUCUAAGACAGUAUUAAAAUCUUUACCUAGUUAUGUAGCAUUAUUUUAAAUCAAUAUUGACAUUAACAUCUGUUAUUUACAGAUUAAACUGGCUCUGGAACUUGACCUUCCAUUGUAAGUUUGCAUCUAAAAGAUAUUAUUCAUUGUGUAUAGAACUACCCAAACAUGUAUAAUAAUAAUAUAUUUAAACAUUUACAUUAAUGACUUCAUGAGGUGCAUGAUUUGGUUUUCUGUGCUCCAAUGAUCUAAAGAUUGUGUCAUGAUGUGGUAGUAUUAAUAAAAUAAUAGUUAAUUAGUAUGGUGGUGGCAGAGGGUGGGGAGGUGGUGUCCUGGCCCGACUCUUGUAAGAAAAAUUAAUAAGAACAGGGCUUCUUUUAGGAAAAUUAAAGCCCUUUAAUACUAGCUGGCUUUUUAUUUUAUAGUUGAGGUGCGGCAAGAUGUUAUAGUUUAAGUUUUAUGCGGGAUAUUCUUUUUGUGUCAUUCUACCUAAAUUCCAGGGUUUUGAAUUUGAUAAUUUUGAUUUCGGAUCAGUUGUUCCAACACAUCAUCCUAUAACAUGAUUUUGACCUGUUUUAUAAUUGCUGCUCAACACUUUAAUUACUUCUUGUAAUUGGUUUACUGAUGUCGAUACUGGUAGAAAUGUCCACUCCAGAUCAGCAGGAAGGCAUGUCAUUGAAAUGCUGCAGCAACAUGGUAUGAACUGACAUUUCCUUUCAUUUUUCAUUGAAGUGGAAUGAUAAAAAAAUAUUGAAGAAAAAAAUUUUAUGUUAAGUAAACUUAAAUGAUUGUCAAGGUUUCACAUAUCACUCAGAUGCUUCGUUCUGUCGGAGUAGGUAAGAACUUCUCUGAGAUUACCCAGGGGCACCCUACUUCAAAGCAGUUUAACCGGAUUUUUGUAUGUUUGAUCUCAGUUCAUUUACCUGCAAGACUGGUACCAAUAUCUAAAAGAACAACUUAAUUAUUGUCGUAACUGUUCAUUAGUAGGAUUUGACAUUUUUUUUAGCUUGAUACCCAGGGGAACUUAAUAGCUCCCAUUUGAAAAGGAUGGACAUGCUUGUUAACUAUCUGUCUGUCAUCUGUCGUCCUGUGUGUCUGUCUGUCAUCAGUCAUCUGCUAUCUCAUCUAUCCAAUCUAUAUUUCUAUCUGUCUGUCUGUAUAAUUAUCUAUCUUCCUUAAAAGGUAAUGAUAAGCAGCUCCAUCAUUUUUAUUGAGGGAGUUUACCCUGCAGGCUUUAGAACUGGAGCCUCAAAAAAAUUUAACCCCUAAUUCAUCCUUAAAGCGUCCAUUUCAAGAUAAUGAAAUUUCCAUGAAAAUAAGUUCAUGGGAUUUUCAUGACAUUUUGAAAAACCCAUUAAUUCAAUGGCAAGUUUUUUCAUGGUGUGUCAAUUCAUGGUUUUUUAAUGGCUUGCAAAAUAUAUCACCCAUGAAGAUUCCAGGGAUGUGAACAUAUUCAUGGCCCAUGAAAAAAAAAAAAAAAACACAACCUUUCAUGGUAUUUUAAUGACUUGAGAAAGUAAACUCAGAGCACAGUGAUCUCAAUUAGUUACUAGAAACUUUAAACUGCAUUUUAUGGUUUUCUUAUCCUGCUAUUGUUCUUUAUAUCGCAAUGUUUGAGUUUCAAACACUUUUGAAGAAUUCUCUUCAAACAAAGAAUGGUCGUCAUUUUGAGGUUUUGAUCAAAGUUUUAAGAUUCAAAGCAUGUAGAGAACAAGUUUCGGACUCAGUAAGUUCUUUGUGGUCUUCUACAAAUUCUAGUUAUAUAUUUUCUCAAAAAUUCUCUUGCUUGCCUUUUUCUUGUUGAAGUCCAGUGGAAUUUUGGUACUGCUGUAACAUGGUAAUUUCUCCCAUUUUUUUGCUACUGUAAUUGAGUCUGAGUCAGUCCAGACUCGUUGUCAUUAAUUCCAAGACUCAAUUAUUUACUGGCUUAAUUUAUUUGGAAUUAGUCCUAGGAAUUCUUAGUUGCUGUAUGAAGCCAUUCCCAGAAAUUCCAAGCUUUUAUAUUGUUCCUAAUUUGAAUGGCUUAAUUUAUCUGGAGUUGGUCCUAGGAAUUCUUAGGUACUGUAUGAAGCCAUUCCCAGAAAUUCCAAGCUUUUAAAUUGUUCUUAAUUUGAAUGGCUUAAUUUAUCUGGAGUUGGUCCUUGGAAUUCUUAGUUAAUGUAUGAAGCCAUUCUCAGAAAUUCCAAGCUUUUAAAUUGUUCCUAAUUUGAAUGUUUUGAAAUUACUGGGAAUUCCUAAGUCCCCAGGACUUUUCCCUUAAAAAAACGAGGUUGUGUUAAACCAUUCCCAGAAAUUCCAAGUUUUUAAUUUCUUCCUAAUUUGCUGAGGAUUUAACUUUAUUUCUCCACUGAUAAUUCAUGGGAAUUUCAUGGCCCGUGAAUAUAAAAUUUGGAAUGUUUAUGAAUUUAAUGGACCAAGAAACAUACGAAAUACAUCUUUUUUGAUGACCAAAAAUUUUCAUGGCCAUGGAAAACGUUUUUCAUGGGUUGUGUAAAAGACAGUUCUAUAACUCAUGGAAAAUUUAUGGCGCUGAACCAAGGCCAUGAAAUUGACAAUUGCAAAGUUCUUGACCCUGAAAAAAGAUUCAUGGGUUUUUCCUGAACAUUUCAUGGGAUUUUCAUUAAACUCAUGUUGGUAGUAGGAGAAGUUGUCGAAAAAUAUUACUGCUCAUUACGCAUGCAGGAAUGCCGAUUUGAAUUUCACACUAGUUAUGGGAACGACUAACGGAUUCAUUUUUCAAAUAACCAAUCAUUAAUAGAAUCUUGUGGGGUACGCCUGACCUGCCUUGACUGCAACCGACCUGAUUUAAAUAGUGUUGCCUAGCAGAUUUAUUGAAAUUCGUAUAAUUCAUCCAGCAUUUUAUCACUUCAUAAUUCUUUUAUUUUGCACCCACUUUAAUAGGAGCCAAGAAUGUUCUGUUGCAUGCGUUUGAUGGAAAGCCCUCUAAUGCUCUCAAGGGAGUUGAAGCAGGAUAUUAUUUCUCUAUCCCACCUUCUAUAGUCCGAUCACCUCAGGUAAGAUUUUUUAUUCAUGUUGAUGUAUUCUUUUGUGUGCAUCUAUAUGAUACCUGGAUCUGUGAAAACGUUUCUCUAAAGUAUACGUUAUAAAAACUAAAAAUACAAGCUCCAUUUUUUUCUUGUCCUUCACCUCUCUUUCUGUCUUUUUUCCCUCUCCUUUUCCUUCUUUGGUUUGAUUUUCUGGCUCGUCAAACCUCCAAAACCCGUGUUUAGUUCUAUUCUAGUUUUAUUUUAGCCUUAUUCUGGUCAAUUUUUUUUUCCAGUGUUUUCAAAUUUUUAGCAAGUAGAUAUACAAUCUACACAUAGAAACCCUUUAGCCUGGGUCCCCAUAUGAUAGGAGCAGGACCCUCUUUUUGUCACUUUUAAUUUAGAAGAGUGUGAAUUGCAGACGUUGGUUUCCAGGUUGGAACAUCAUUAUUGUCACCCAUGCAGGUAUUGGUUGGGGCUAUGCAAAAUGCAAUUGGUUGUCUGAAACACACAUAACAUUGAUGACAACAUUAUCUUACAAUAAAAAUCUUUCUUGCUCUUUUAAUGGCUCUCUGUAUUAGAAAUUGAAACCUUGUGGAGUCUUAUUAAUAUUUAGCCACAGCCAGAUUGGAGUCUUUUAGAGGUUAAGUUCCUAUUUUCCAAUGAGCCCCACUCCCCUCCCCCACUGUCACACAGGACCCUGCCCCUUGCCUCCUGGUCCGUUAACUGCUACGGUAUGCCGUAUCCUUAGUAAUGAUGUUUUUAUGUUUUGUUUUAGAAAGAGAAACUUGUGAAAAACGUCCCUCUUUCAAAUCUUCUUCUGGAAACAGAUUCACCCGCCUUAGCUGCUGAGAAACAGGUUAUAACUGGCUGAAGAAUUAAUAACUGCAAUCAUACAAAUCUCCUGGAGGUACUCCUGAGAAUUCUUGGUGGUGUGUAUUGCCCGGUUCUCCAAAUUCUGACUCUAUUUCAGACCAAAAAAUGUCAUUUUUUAGACCUAUUUUCAGACCUGGCCUCUAAGAAAUUAUGUCAUCAUUACUUAGAUUAGAAAAGCGACAAAAAGAGAUUUCUUAAAAUCCAUUUCAAAUUCGCGUAUUUUUCUUUCUUUCUUUCUUUCUUUCUCAUUUCGUUCAUACGCUCCCGUAGUUCCCUCAAAAACCAUGCCCGAUUCCAGACCAAAAUGGGCAAAGUGUAUACCUGUUUUCGAACCAAAACGGCCCCAAAACCACAGCCUUUUGGGCGGUACGUACCUAUAUCGCUUAUGUAAGGGAGUACCAACCCCCGCGACAAAUCUUGGCAUGUUCCACGUUGAUAGGAGAUUGGAGUGUCUUGUAUUAGAUGAGAUCCGAUCCUUCAGUUCUGGCGGAAGGAUAUAAUAAUAAUCUCGCUAUUUCUUAUGGAUUUUGAACUACAGAAUGCGACGAUAGUUCUAAGUAAAUAUUUUGGAAGCUAUAUAGAACACGUUUGCCUUUAGUGAUCGUUUAUUCCGUCGGCUCCACCUUUCCUUGUAACCAUAAUCGUUUUUAUUUCCUUUUCUUUAUAGACAAGAAAUGAACCCAAGAAUAUCCACAUCUCCUGUGAGGCAAUUGCUAGAAUCAAAGGAACUUCAGUACAGACAGUUUAUGACGAGACUACAAGAAAUGCAUUGAAGCUUUUCCCAAAACUUCAGAGAUUUCUUAGAAAGUGAUUUCACUUUUGUACACCAAGAUUUAUCUUAUUUAUGAAUACACCGGAACCCCGCUAUACGGCCAUAACUGUAAAGACCACAGCACUUUUUCUGGUUUGAUCAAAGCUCGAAAACCCAUACAUUUCGAUGCGUUUAGGCCUUACGUCCUAAACACUAAUACGCUGAGCGUUUUCAUCAAAAACGCAUCGAUUUGAAAACGCUCUUGAAAGUGGAUCAAAACGAAAACGCAUACAUAUCGUAUUAGUGGACGGUCGAAAAAGCAUCAAAAUGAAAACGAUGACCGACAAUAUCGCAGGCGCGUGUAUUUGUAGCAUGUCCGUGGCACACAACGUGCGUCACAACGUGCAAUUCUAUGGUUUUCGAACGUUUUAGUGUGGACAGUCAAAAACGCAUCUAAACGGUAGUGUAGACGCGAUCGAUCGAUGCGUUUUCGAUGACAACGAAAACGCAUACGGCUAUUACGCUUUCCCGCCAAUGCGCGCGUACUACUCAGUAUUGAGAAAAUCUCGUCCUCGUCGGUCAUCCUUGUCUUAGAAUCUAAAAGUCUCUAUUACGGCCUACUACCAGCUGUUGGAACCCCCAAUUGUUUCCUUAUGGAGAUAUUAAUGCACCUUUCUAUUGUUUUGAAUAGCGCCGAAAUCCUUGUUCUGCACCCGCACCUGUGUACCAGGAUUUGAGUACGCGCCUUGAUUGGCCGUUAAGUGUAGAUUUGCCAAUCAAGAUGAAAGGACAAUUAAAACUCUCUUUCGGUACCUCGUUGAGUCUGUUGGUUCCCAGAACACGAAUCUCGGCGCUGCUUCGCAGACGUUACUAACCGACGUUAAAUUACGUCUGCGAAGCAGGCUACUUUGCUCCUCGGCCUC